AUUUUUUUUCUUUCUCGGACGAUUGUGAAAAGUCUCCGAGAAGCAUGUACAACAAUGAUUUCGCUUGCUUCACUGGCUGACUAUGUUGGCGGCAGAUAGUGACGGUGUGUGCGUGGUGCCUUGUGUCAUUUCUCUCGGAACGAAGGGAACGAACGGAACGUUGUGUGGAUGUUUGUGUGCAUGCAAGAGCGAGUGAUGUUUGGCAGAUUAUCAGCGUUGUCAGAUUUGAGGUGUACACAAUUGGGUUACCGUUUUCUGGGCGGUAUUCGCGUAGUACCGUAAUACAGUUCCGAAGCCCCGCAUGGACUGAUUUGUUGGAUAAAUUAAGCAACUCGUGAGAUAUGAUCAGAAACGAAACAUUUUACUUUUACAAACCACAAUUCGUUUGCGUAAUUUGAUGGUACAUUCUUGAAUUCGAUAUUCGGAUACAUUCAUAUUUAGUUUCAUCCUGAAGAAAAUCCAACCGAAUCACUCUUCCGGCGAAGCUGCGAAUCCUCACCGCAUUCACCGUGGCGUCGUCCGCCGAGGAAAUGGGUGAAGUUGGGACGACAACCAACGAACAUCCUUCGUCCGGCGAGGUCAAGGAGAAUGGCGAGAUAAACGGUAAUCGCGAGUCGACGGACCACGUCAGCCGCAAAACCGCCGUAUCCAUCGAGGAUGAUGCUAGCACAAAAGUAACCAGCGAGAGCGAAGUGGACGAGAAUUCGCAAACUUCACAACCAAUCAGCAGUAAUGGCCAAACGGAUGCCGAGGCAGACGAAACCUCACAAGACGUAGAGGAGAGCAGACUCGAAGCGGUACCAACAGACAGUGAGAAUCAGGAUACAGUGGAAUCGAUGGAAGUGAACGAUGAGGAAAAUAUUGAUGGAAAAGCACAGAGGGGUAGCGCAAAUGACGAUCGUCCGACGCGCCUCCCAUUGGUUGGGGACUCGAAGUCAAAAGAUGACGACGAACCGAUGGACGUCGAUGCGCCCACUAAUGGUCACAGUACCGUCGAUAAACGGGAUGAUGAAAUCAUGGACGAUGAUAGUGACAAACCUGUCAGUAUUAAUUCGGAUUCGGAAAACGAGGAAGACCUCCCUCGGCCGACAAAAAAUGUAUCUCAAGAUAAGUUGGAUGGUAAUACCAAAUCAAAUAAUAAUGAUGCUGUCUCCAUGUCCAGUAAACCCAACGGGGACAGUGCCAAGCGGCAAAAUGGUGACUGUGAUGGCGACGUAACAAUUCUCAGCGAUAAGGAGGAGGACUGCGUGGUAAUCGAUGACGAGGAUGGCGACACGAACGGUAGCAGUACUCCUAGUCUAACACGUGCAGACGUGAACGAAGUGUCUCCAAGAAGAAGUUCCAGGGUACGGAAAAGCACCCUUCCUCAGGAUAUUUCCACUAUCGACGAUGACGACGAUAUUGAAGAAAUAAUCGAUGACCCUCUAAACAUCGCUGCAGCCAAAAAGCCACGAUUAUCAAUCAAUCAAUCGCUACAGCAAAAUUCGUUCAAAAGCCAGUUGUCGAUGACCCCACAGCCACCACAAAAAUCACUCCUUGCCAGCAACCAUAACAGUGCCACAAAGGAACCAACAUUGGUAAUAAUCGAUACCAAUACGCUAAUGAAUCGCACGUCCAUCACGCCAAUGGCGAGCAGUCCUGUAACUCCAAAAUCCCUUAAUAGCUCAUAUUCGGCACUAUCGGCCGGAAUGACACCAAACAGUGUGUACAAUUCGCCACGCAGUGUACUGAAUCCUGUAGCUGCUGCUGCUGCAAACCUCAUCUCGAAGAACAACCCGCCUCCAUUGGCUCCUGUGACGCCACUGUUACCCGCUCUCACGGACGAUAUGUUUGUGCUGGAAGCGCCAUCCUUUAUUGUUCCGUACAUAUACGAGAAACCUCCACCGGAAAACCUCAGAGACAUAGUGAGCGAACUGGAAACCAAAAUUAAAGAAAUGCGUAAAAAGCUGGAUGCCGAUGCAGGCGAUGAUUGCAAAGGCGACGAUGAGAAUAGCCUUCCAUCGACGGCGGGAAGCGCCGGAAAGAAAUCGUCAACACCCGCAACGGAAGUUGAAUCCGAAUCGGAGAAAAAGAAAAAGUCCAAACGGAAAGGUGAUGACGAUGAUGAGUGGGAUCAGUUGGACACUUCAACGGACGACGAAGCUUCGGACGAAGAACAGAAGACGAAAAUUCUCAUAAAGGAAGUGAAAUCAGACAUCGAAAUGAUCAAGGAGCACAUCAUCACACCUGCCGCUAAAGAUGAUUUAACCAGCACUAGCAGUACUUCUGUUGGUAGUGCAGCUCAGAAUGAUCCAAAAAAAUCGGAAAACUACUUCGAAAAUCCCCUUGGCAAAUUCUUCAUGAAUAUCGGUGUGAAUCUGGUGCAGGAAUUUGUACAAACGGAUUUGCUUCGGCAGCAGAAGAAAAAACGGGACCGAGAAGGCAAACUGUCCGCAAGCACACAGAUGGCCAUCAAUUCGCUGAUGAAGAAUCUGGAGCUCAGCAAAGAGAACAACAAGCCCUACAAAUUCGAGAUGAAACGGUGCGAGUACUGUCCGUUCAAGUCCGAAUCGGCGCUGGCGAUGGCGCACCACUACGAGACACCACACAUGCGCAACUACAUCUACAAAUGUAACUUUUGUACAUACGAAACCCGCCCUCCACAUGACAUCCUCUACCACAUGGAAGCGAUACACAACAUCAAAGGUCGACUGGACAAGGCCGCCAUGUACCAUUCGUGUCCUAAUUGUCCCUUCGAGGACAAUGGCAAGUCGAAAUUGGCACGACACGCUAUAGCAUGUGCGAAGAAAUUCCGGCCCGAAAUCAAUCUGAAUCCGCCGCUUGACUGGGAACCACCAGCGAAGAUACCACGCAUCAAACCGAAACAUGGUCUCGUUGGGACGGCCACUGCCUACCAGGCAAUGACCGCCCAGCAGCAGAAGAAUUUGGCGAUUGCCAACCAGCGGAUACAGGCGGCAGCAAACAGUAUAAACGCGAUCAACAUUAACAACCUUACGGCUGCAGCUCAGGCGGCUGCCUUAAGAGCGCGAGGCGGAAGAGCACAACCGAUAACCCCGACAGCACCGACAAGUGUACUGCGAACGGCACCAGGAGCCGCCGCAAUGCGUACGUCUAUGUCACCCGGAAUGGUAAUGCCUAAUAACUUCCAGCUCUCAGCAGCGCAAGUCGCCGCUGCCGCUAAUAAGUUUUUGCCGACUCCGAGCCCUGCUGGACGAUCUCUGCUAACAAACUCUAACGCGUCGGUGACAAUUCAGAACUCCAUGGGCAUGAAGACAACCGUGAAACCGGCGCAGCAACCCAGCAUUUCCAUCACACCUCUACCGCGACAAUCAACCACAUCGAACAUGGCAGUCGCGGGUGCUCUGUCCAAGCUGCAAGCGGCAGGAACCUCCGCGGUCAAGCCAGGUCAGAGUCCAGCCGGUGGCAAGGCGGCUUUCGUUGUGUGCGAAAUCUGCGAUGGAUACAUCAAGGAUUUGGAUCAGCUGCGUAAUCACAUGCAGUGGAUUCACAAAGUCAAGAUUCACCCGAAGAUGAUUUACAACCGGCCACCACUAAACUGUCAGAAAUGUCAGUAUCGUUUCUUCACCGAUCAGGGAUUGGAGCGGCAUCUGCUCGGGUCACACGGUCUGGUGACAAGCUCUAUGCAGGAAGCUGCGAACAAGGGAAAAGAUGCCGGUCGUUGUCCAGUUUGUGGACGGGUGUACCAAUGGAAGUUACUGAACCACGUAUCCCGGGAUCACAACAUGACGCUGAAGCCGGCCCAUCUGUCGUACAAAUGUACCGUGUGCACGUCAACCUUUGGAAUGUACAAACAGUUCGAAAGUCACGUAUACUCAGCGCACAGUACGGUCGCGAAAAAGGCCCUCGAUAACAAGAACAAGCCCCAGCAGGCCCAGCAGGGUGGUAGCAGUACGACGGCCCCAAUGCGGAGCUCGUUAGCUGGCGGGGAUUCGCUGCUGAAACCGCUGAAGAUCAACGAUGAAAUUACCAUCAUACCACAGCCAUCGAGCAACAAGGGCACCUCCAAACCUAUAGAAAUCGAGAGUCAUGUUAUCGAUUGAACGCCGCAUCCGACCAAACCGUUUCAGUUGGGCUGAAGUUUCCGCUUACUAAUGCGAUUGCUACCACUUUUUAUUCGCAAGUAUUUCGAAGGUACUUUCAAGUAUCACGGCAAACUGUUAGAAUAAAACAUUUAGCUUGA